AUGGUCUACAUCUUGCACACGGCGUCGUUGGCCGUCGCAGCAGUAUUGGCUUACCUGGCCGCCGCAGCUCCGUCCGUUCCGGCCACGCUCCGCGACCACAAAAUCACCAUGCGACCAAGCGAUGACCCAUUCUACCACGUCCCGGACGGUCUGCAAGACGUCGCGCCGGGCACCAUCUUGAGGCACCGACCUCCUCCCGCCCCGAUUGCCGCUUUCGGGGUCGCCCCGCUGCGCCUCGCCGCGACGCACCAGAUCCUGUACCGCACGACGGACAGCCUAGGCAACGCCACCGCCACCGUGCUGACGGUGCUCGUGCCGCGCCACGCCGACAUGAACAAGGUGCUCUCCUACCAGGUCGCCGAGGACGCGGCCGACAUCAACUGCGCGCCGUCGUACGUGUUCCAGUUGCGGCCCGCGGCUGACCCGGAUCGGGGCACCGGGACGACCGAGUUGGAGCUGCUGCUCGUCGAGGCCGCCCUCGAGCAGGGCUGGGUCGUCAUCGUCCCCGAUUACCUCGGACCCUACGCCGCGUUUCUCGCCAACAAGCUGGCCGGCCACGCCAUCCUCGACGGCAUCCGCGCCGCGCUCCACUCGAGUCGGUUUACGGGCAUCGGUAGACACCCGAAGGUGGCCAUGUGGGGGUACUCGGGCGGCGCCGUGGCCUCCAUGUGGGCGGCGGAGCUGCAGCCGAGGUACGCGCCCGAGCUGGAGAUUGCUGGCGCGGCCGUGGGCGGCACGGUGCCCAACCUUAUCACGGUCGUCACUUCCAUCAACGGCGGGUCGCACGCGGGCUUCAUCGCCGCUGGUGUCAUGGGACUGACGAACCAGUACGCCGAGGCUGAGCGCGACGUGGAGCGGCAUCUUCUUGCCCAGUUCCGGGACAAGUUCAUUUCGGUCCGCAGCCAGUGUAUGGAUGCCGAUACCAGGGCGUUUAAGAACCAGGACGUGAUUGGCAUGUUUGACGACCGCGAUCUGGUCUACCGCGUCUUGAAGAACACUUCGCUGGGACACGGCGACACGCCAAAGAUUCCCAUGUUUGUGUACAAGUCGGUCGACGACGAAUUCAGCCCAGUGGCGGAGACGGAUGCGCUGGUGGCCGCGUACUGCGGCGAUGGCGCGUCGAUCCAGUACCACCGCGACCGAAAUUCACAUCAUGGCAGCCUCGCCAUCCUGGCGGCGCCCAAGGCCCUGCUGUGGUUGAAGGAGACAAUGCCUUAUUACCCGCUUCGGGUAUUAAGGGAAGGUACCCCAUGUGCCACCUAUUACUGGCUAAUGCUGGUCUUCAGCCAAGAAUUCGUCGCCCGCUUUACAAAUGGACAGCAUGUUGGCACCUUUGAGCUUGAUGGACCGAUCAAUUCGGGGGAGAAGGAUUGGAUCAAAAAUCUGGUGGCAAAUGACGAGGUUGCGCUCGCAUGA